GAUGCUGUAAUGCUUAGUUGGUGGUGUAUGAGCUGAUGGUGUUGAGCAUAGCCGUCCACUGAAUUUAUUUCCGAGAGGAAGGACAUGGUGAUGGUGAAGUGUAGUUGUCAUUACAAAAGAUGGCAAGAGACAUGGCCAUGGGAUCAGCACAUGCAGUGUUGUAGUAUGAUUCAUUUGGAUUUGAUUGUGAUGGGCCCAAAUGUUUGGAACGUGCUGGAUCCAAUAGCGGUGGCAUUAAACCAUUGGUUUGCUCUCAUAUCAUUUGUCAGUUUGGCAAGCUGGUGAAGACAAGGCCAUGAUCUAUUCUGUGAUUUGGAUAUGGAUGGAUCGGGUUUAUAUAUCAUCAGUGUCAAUGAUCGGUCGCCUCUUAACUUUCGGCCUCAGAUUGGUUGUUGAUCGGUCAGAUGCGUUCGUCUUCCUGAAUCCAUUUGCUCAACAGAUGUCACUGUUUUUUCAGCUUGUGAUCCGAUCCACGUCCAGCAUCUCAUGUGGUCUCCAUUUCACUCUUUCCCCCCAGUUUGACUUCUAAGUCAGAAAGAAAGAAAUACAAACUCUGUUCUGAAAGGUGUCCAUUAGUUAUUCAGCAGUUAAUGGAAGUUUUCUUUCAUCUAAUUCUAGGCAGGUAAGAUUUGUUAAACUCAUGUGGUAUGCAUACUUGAAUGUACACCCUCUGUUUUUCCGUUGAAUGAUAGGCAAAGCUCCUGUGUCAUUCUUCAAGGAAAACAUGUGCAGGACUCAUUAGUUUUAUAGUUUCUAAAAUAUUAGCGCACAUUAGUUGUAGUUUUAAAUUGUAUGCCUUGACUCGGUUUGUUAACACACAAAUAUAGCUGUGUUACGUACUGAGUCUGAAACAAACAGUGAACACUUAGCCUGAUCAAAGCUUGCAAAUUUCAUCACAAUUAUUUUUCCAUUUCCAAUCUAAUAGCUUCAUAUUUACAUCUUCUGUCUGUGUGGCAAGGCCAUACUGAUGUAGCAUGCUGUUAUCUUGGCUUUACAUUUGCAGUUAGCAUUCUGGUCAGGCCAGCAUGGCAACACACUCUUUUGAUCUCUGAUAAGACCACAUUGUCAUCUUGGCUUUACACUUGCAGUUAGCAUUGCAUGUUCUGUCUGUCCCUUGCCUCUACUUUUCAGCCGUGCGUUUAAUUAGUACACCAAACAAGUACGUAUAUACUCUCUCUUUGCCAAAUUACGGUGCAUAUAAAAUUUGGUCACAGUCAAACUUUGUAAAAUUUGAUGAAGUUUAUAGGAAAAAAUAUGAACAUUUACGAUACCGAAUAUAUGCCAUAUGAAAAUAUAUUCCUUGAUGAACCAGGUGUCAAACUCUAUGGAGUAUUUCAUUAGUGAAGAUAUGAUUAAUCAAGCACCCAAAAUGAUUAGUUUGUAUCACAAACUGAAAUGGACCCAAUUUACACACGGUCUCCAUGUGCUUCUUAUAUUUGACAUUAAAACAGAUCGAGUAUGGCAGCACGCUGGACGAUGCUUCGGUGCCUUAAGGCACCUACCUUUGUGUCUAUGACAUGUGGGCCCAACAGAUGGCUGGCCCACAUGUCAGUGACCCAAAGGCAGGUGCCUUUAAGGAACCGAAUAGUUAUGCCCAACAAGUGGCAAACCGAUAGCCCUAGACAAACUAAAUCUACUCCCUCUGUUCCAUAAUGUAAGACGGAGGGAGUAGAUCACAUUUCAUUUGGUAAGACAUGGUUCAUCAAGCACCCAAAUGAUUAAUUUGUAUCACAAAUAGAAAUGGUACAAAUUUACAGACGGUCUCCAUGUGCUUCUUAUAUUUGUCACUAAAACAGAUGAGUAUGGCAGCACGCUAUGGUGUCCAAGCACACCCAAAAAGAACUACUGUACACCGCUAGUUAUGUCCAACAAGUGGCAAACCGAUGGCCCCAGACAAAUCAAAUCAAGAUCACAUUCUACUCCUUCAGCAUUGCAUGUUCUGAGCCCAUGGCCAUGUCCCUUGCCAACCUGUCAGGAUAGCUGCUGCACCUAAACUGCAUUGUUCUCUUCUCUUCCUCCCUCACCCCUAUAAAUCCAUCAGAUUAGCACCACCACCAGCACCACAUCAGUUCAUUCAGAGACCAAAGCAGCGUUACUACACCUAGCCAAGAAAGAAAUACAAGGAGGAAAAGAAGCAUGGUCAGUGCCAAGAGACUUGCUCAGAUGGCAAAGAAGUGGCAGAGGAUGGCGUCCAUCGGGAGGAAGAGGCUCACCCAAACCACAUCAGCGGUCAAAGGAGCAGCCAAUGACGAGCGAUGUGCAACUUCGCCGUCGGUUGCAAUGAAGGGCCACUGUGUGGUGUACACCGCCGACAGUGUGCGGUUUGAGGUGCCGCUGGCAUACCUCGACACGGCGGUCUUCUGCGAGCUCCUGGCAAUGUCCCAAGAGGAGUUCGGCUUUGCAGGUGGCUAUGAUGGGAGGAUCAUGCUGCCCUGUGAUGCCACGGUCAUGGAGUAUGCCCUGCGCUUGCUCCGGAGAGAUGCCUCCACGGAAGUCGUGAUGGCAUUCAUGAGCUCCAUCGCGAGGCCGUGCAGCUUCGAGGGCAGUGUGGUGGGCGUAGGGCUUAACAAGCAAGCAGUAGUUUGUUAGCCUCUGAAGAAAGGCAUGCAGCUGUAGAGGAGCUAGAUUUAGCCCUGCUCUGUUAAUUUCAUGAUAUGAAUAUACUGUAGCAAGUUGCAGAUUGGACAAGGAAAUUUAUGAAGAUUACCUCGCA